AUGGCAGAGUUGUUCCCAAAUUUAUCCUUUAGGCGAAAUUCAACAGACAGGUCAUACCAAGCAAUAUUAGACCGUACAGAACCUCAUCAGAAAAUCGCCAUAAAACAUUUGAACUUUUCUUAUGGUUUACAUCGUAAUGUUAUUGAUGCCACGGAUUUUAAAGUCUACGGCAUUGGGGAAGGUAAUUUAAAUUUAGCACAAUACCCAAACUUGGCAAGGAUUACUUUCCAGGAUGGAAUCGAUGUCGAUAAGUUGGACAGUGUUAACAUUAGCCAAAAUGAAAGAUUAGGCAGGAUAUAUAUAGGCUCUAGCGGUAGAAGAAAUCCUUUUAGGGACUCCCCUUGUGUCUUGCUUGUCAAAGAAAGUCAAGUCGAUCAAAUAAUUGUGGUCUACUAUGAUCAAAGAAACAGCAUGGAAAAAAAGUUGAGAAGGCAAGAUGCAAUACCCUACCGCGUAGUUGAAACUCUGCAAUUGGAGGCUGAAGUGGAAAGACUAAGACAAAUUAUUGUUGAAAAAGAUAAACAAAUUGAAAGGUUACAAGCGGAAGGUGAACAGAGACUAAGUCUCGUUCAAGUUCAGGAAUUAAAUGAUAUAGCACUGCCAGGCAGUGAGUUUGAUUACGCCAAUUUAAAACAGGAGAUCGUAAGGCUUAAAUUAGAAGAUCUCGUUCCCUAUCUUCGAAGGCAAAAAGAAAGGUAUGAUCACUUAGCCAUAGACCUUAAGAAUAGAGUGAGUGAUACCUUGAAACCAAUCGUGGACCUUCUCAUGAAAACUCGAAAAGACAUUUUCGAGCAAACCGAUGUAAAUAAUAAUGAAUUUGCCCAAGGAAAACUGCAAGGAGAAUUAGCCGUUUGUCAGACUCUCUUGAAAACCAGCCUUACACAAGAGGAAUUACAGUCUCUUCUAACCGCUCAGGAUGAGAUGAUGAAAAUAGAAAUGCAAAUAGCUAACUUGCAGCGUAAUCAGAGACCCGGUGCUAAUUCGACAACUUGA